AUGAUUGACAUCCGUGUACUCCACAUUCCGUGCCAAUACUCUUAAUGACAUGGUUUGUCUGUCUCAUUCCAUCUUACCUCAUGUCAUAUAUUCUCCUGUUGUGCCACUCCUUCCCGAGGUCUGCAACCCAUCUCACUUAUUCUCCGGGACUCAUUCUCUCUCGUACUCCCACCCCUUUGGCCUAUUUGUAUAUACUUACGGCUAUAUACGAUACCUGAUACCCUGGGCUGGUGGGUUGUAUAACCGUCUUGUACAAAAGACCUGCUUUCAGCGUCCACACCCAUACCUCACUCAUAUCUGCUGCAUCUUGAAUAUCAUCAAGAUCUCACUGGCAGUUCUUGUUUCAUUAUACAUCUUAUAUCAUGGCGCCUCGCGCAGAGCCAAUGACCCUGCCCAAGGGCUCUUUUGAAGGCUCAGAUGAUGGGCAAAGUUGUGGCUACCCCGGCCCACAACCGGUACGAUCGAAGUCCGAUAUGACACAUUCAUUUCUUCAACCAGGCCAUUACCACGACAAUUAUAGCAGCAAAUGGGCUCAGUCUCAGCUCCCACCAACCCCAAGUCCCAGCGAAGGAACCACGUCGGCUCCAAAUAGCCCCUUCCGACCCAACUACAAAAAAGUCCGGGUCGAAGACGAAAGCGAGUCCUCUGAAGAUUCUCGCGCUGGACUUGGCAUCAAGGAAAAUUUCUCACCACUUGUCGCGCCAAUACCCUCUCCCGAACCCUCCCCUGCUUUGACUGAGGAGCCUGAAUCUUACCUCACAAGCUCCCAACGGCGUACCAAAUCACACCCCAUCAGAACCGCUGGUCCCCACGACUCAGAACCCAGUGGCCCCAGAUCGCAGGCUCAUGCAAAGAUUCACACCUAUAUCGAUGGCGCAGAACGACAUGCUGCGGGGGCCUUUCCCCGUAUUUCCAAGCCUGUCGAACUUUUACGCUCCAGCUACGACGUGGUCGUUAUCGGCUCCGGCUAUGGAGGCGGCGUAGCUGCGUCCCGUAUGGCCCGUGCCGGCGAGUCCGUUUGUGUCCUGGAGCGCGGGCAAGAGCGUUGGCCAGGCGAGUACCCAACCGGUGCCAGAGAGGCCCUCGAGCAGCUUCACUUUAGUGGCGAGUUCUCACCAUACUGGCUUCCCGGGAAGACGGCGGUUGGUGGAGAUCCAACAGGGAUGUACCAUCUGAUCCUCGGCAGAGGCCAGAACGCUGUCGUUGGCAAUGGACUUGGCGGGACCAGUCUCAUAAAUGCCAAUGUCUUCUUGGAGGCCGACGCCGAUACCAUGGCAAAGAAAGCCUGGCCGCCCCAGCUGCGUGAAAAAGAUGCCCUAGCACCAUACUAUAAGCGUGUAAGAAAGGUACUGGAGCCAGAGAUAUACCCCGAUGACUGGCCCGAGCUUCCAAAAGCCAGGAUGCUCAAGAAACAGGCGGAGCAUCUCAACAUGUCAUCCAAGUUCAGAAAGGUUGAGCAGACUACCCGCUUCCGCAAUGGGCCCAAUAGCUGCGGUGUCGAGAUGUCGCCCUCGGCCCUGACCGGCCAGGACGCCACUGGAGUCAACGAUGGUUCAAAGACUACGACAUUGGUAACCUAUUUGGCCGAUGCCUGGAACUGGGGUGCCGAAAUGUUUUGCGAGUGCGAGGUGCGCCACAUCGAGAAGGUGACGGACAGUCGCGGAGGCUACAUAAUCUACUUUGCAUGGCAUGGUCGCAACCGAGGCUGCUUUGCUUCCAAUCUCCGUGGAGACCUCAUGUGGGUUCACGCCAAAAAUGCCGUCUUCCUUGGCGCCGGUGCCAUUGGUACAACAGAAAUCCUGCUUCGGAGUCGCGCCAUGGGUCUCGAGACAAGCUCACUUGUUGGUCAGAACAUGAGCGGCAACGGAGACAUCCUCGCCUUUGGCUACAACACGGACGAGGAGGUCAAUGCUGUUGGUCGUGUCUACCCAGACCCUUACAACCCAGUCGGCCCUUGCAUCACGUCAAUCAUUGACAAUCGCGAGGGUCACCCCAAUCCAUUGGACGGGUUUGUAAUCCAGGAGGGAACGGUGCCACGAGCACUGGCACACCUGUUUCAGGCGAUGCUCGACUUCAUGCCAGGAAGCCAAAGUCCCAAGGACGAUACCAUAAUCGAGCGUACCCAGGCGGCCCUUGCGAGAUGGGGAAGCAGAAUUCUCGGCCCCUAUUUCCGCAGGGGUGCCGUCGAGAGAACGCAGGUCUAUCUGGUCAUGUCUCACGACACCAACCAAGCCGUUCUUUCUCUCAAGAAUGAUCGGCCCGUACUUGAGUUCCUCGGUGUUGGCCGCGGAACUCACGUCAAGGAAAUCAACCAGCUACUCGCGAAAGCAACAGAAGCCGUUGGUGGCACCUUGGUCCAAACGCCCUUCUUUGCAUUGAUGGGUGAGCAACAGGUUACUGUCCACCCAAUAGGUGGAGCAAGCAUGGCUCGUGACAACACUGGUGCCACGGGUGUCACGGACCACAAGGGCGAGGUAUUUAUGGGAUCGGGUUCAGAGACUCAUAAAGGUUUGAUCGUGACCGACGGAGCGCUGAUCCCGGCAGCACUUGGUGCCAAUCCCUUGGCUACGAUUGCAGCAAUCGCCGAGCGAUGCGUGGAGAUAUGGGCAGACGAAUGCGACCUGGAAAUCAGCGAAGAGAAGAAUGGCAUCUUGGAUCUCUUCGGAGAGCCCGCCCACGUCCCAAGGGAUCGUCAACUCAGACAGGAAGUCCUAGACAUUCAGAAGCAGCUACAACGGCUCCCCCGCGCUCACACUAUUCGCGAGGUGCUACUGAGCAGGGCUGAUAGUGUCGGCAAAGCAGAAGAUGCCAUGUACAGGGCCAAAUCACUCCGAAAGAGUGGUUUCGGGUUCACUGAAGUCAUGUCAGGCUUUAUACACAAAGGGGCCAAUAUGAGGGAGGAUGUGCAGGAAACCUACGAGCUUGCCUACCGGACGGCCAAAUCGCUGUGCGAAAAUGCUCGCUUUUUCCUGAGCGUGCAGACACUUUGCACCAAAGACAUGGUACAGGACUACAGGAACCGUGGCAUGCUGACGGGUACAUUCAUCUGCCCUACCAUUCCCGGCUCCCCCUUUAUGGUGAAGCGUGGCGAGUUUGGGCUGUUUGUCAGGGACCACAAGGCUCCGGGCACCCGCAACCUAACAUACAACUUUGACAUGAUGGGCAUCAAUGGGGAAGUGCUUCACUUCCAUGGUUACAAGGUGGUCGACUCAUCAGUCGCCCUCUCGCCAGGCCGCUUCUGGCGCUCCACCACAACCCUCUAUGUCACGAUCACCAACAAUGAUCACCCGCCGCACAUUGACCCUGGAGACAUUGAAGCAUGGCGCCACUGCUCUGUCGUUGCUAGAGGCAUCAUGAGCAUUCAGCCCAAGGACUUUUGGUCGGAGAUGCUGACCUUGAGUCCAACCGGAAGCUCAUUUAUACACAAGGCCAAGAGUGCAGCUAGUUUCAUGAGCUUUUUCACCCGCAAGUCGCUCUCACUGCUGGUCACGCCCUUCACACCGCUGCAAUAUCCAUCCAGGACAUAUGUUGGCUAUGUGAAUGAUACACUUCCGACGCAGAGCUUCAAGAUUGUUGCCUCCGAUGGUGUCACAACACGCUUACACAUGUGGGAAGCGACGCACACGCCGCUUGGCCCGGAUGGCAAACCAACCCCUGCUAAGAACCUCUUUAUGAUACCUGGAGCUGCUGUGGAUCACCAAAUCUUCGCCCUGCCGACCAUCCCUUAUAAUGCGGUCAACUACUUUACGCGAGCAGGCUACCGCGUCUUCGUCACGGUCCACCGCAUCGGGCAACUGAUGUCGGCCAAGAUCAACUACACGACGUACGAUGCCCGCCUCGACCUGAAGGCUUGCCUGGAAUACAUUCGCAGGAAGUACCCCGAAAGCGGCGACCCGAAUAAGCCUUCGAAGAUCUACACAAUUGCCCACUGCAUGGGAUCAGUCGCCUUUGCCUCCGGACUGCUCGACGGCACCAUUCCGUCAGACUGGAUCCUCGGCAUCACCUGUAGUCAGGUUUUUAUGAACCCCAUCUGGGGUCCGUCAAACAUGGCCAAAGUCAUGGCCGGCCCCAUCCCGAUGGACACGCUUUACAGAUUGGUAGCAGGAAACUGGUUCAGUUGCAGCACGGGUGCCGACGACGCCUUUGUCCAGCGGCUGGUCAACCAGGCCCUCCGCCUGAUGCCCGACUCCCGUAGCGAGCUCUGCAACAGCGCCAGCUGCCACCGCACAUCGCUGGUCUUUGGCCGCUGCUGGAACCACCGCAACCUGAACGAGGCGACGCACCGGCAGAUCGACCGCUUCUUUGGCGGCGUCAACAUGACGCUCUUGCACUUGCUGAUGAAGAUGGGCUCCGAGGGCCACGUCAUGGGCAACGCUCCGCUGUGUAACGACCUCACGACGCCCGCCAACAUCCAGCGCCUCCGCGGCAUCCCAUUCCUUCUCUUCUCGGGCCGCGACAAUGCCGUCCUCAGCAUCGAGGCCACCGAGCGCACCUACGAGAAGCUCACCGACACCUUUGGCGGCAUGCACUACCCGCGCCGUGCCGCUGACGAUGACACCACCACGUCAUCGGCCGCCGUCACACCCCAGACCGGCGCCCCGGACAGCGGUAUAGAGUACCGCCGCCGGGUCGUCCCCGGCUACGGACACCUUGACUGCUGGAUGGGCCGCAAUGCGUGGAAGGAUAUCUACCCUUUUGUCAGGGAGGAGGUCGACCGCGUCGUGCGUGGUGAGAGAUACAAGUUUGAGGAGCCCGACGAUAAGUUCAAGGCCAUGGUGCGCGACGGCGAUUUACUGUGCUGAGAUGACUUUUGAUUUAUUUUGCUUGGGCUUUUUUGCUUAUUCCUUUAGCCACUUUUCAAGUUUCCUGUUUGCUGAGUAUCAUUUAGUGCUGCUUUUUACUUGUGCAAUGAUUUUGGUGCUUGGAGUUAUUUGGCGUUUGUUUUCUCUUUUCUCUAUUAUUCCCCGCAGCUGUUUCUUGUUGAGCAAAAAAGAGUUUCAAUGUCAUGGACAAAGGCUUUUUUUUGGAAUUGUCUGCUUUUUCUCAACACCUGUCACCUUUCUGGGUAGACAAUGUAUCUUAGUAUUACUGCUUAAAGCAACGUUGGCAGGGCGUUUAUCAGUUGGCACAAUGAUGAGGGAAGAAAACGAUUAUGCCGCAGGGCCACACAAUGAGCUUUUUGGAAUAGAAUUUCUUUCGAACACGCUGCUAGGAGCCAAGAAAUACGAUUGAGAAUCGAUUAUACAAUUUGAU